AGAAAAACAGAAGUUUAUUAAUAUAUUUCAUUUAUAUAUAAGGAACACCCAGAGAAUGAGCAGUUCUCAAAGAAGCAUCUUUGAAUUCCAGCUUGUAUAGCAUCUUCAACAAAGACUAGGAAAUUUUUAGAGAUGUGACAAAGGAAAAGGACUCUAAGUCUCUACAGGCAGUAACUUGGGCUAAGCAAACAAAUAGCAGACGAAAGAUGGUUUUAAAAAAGCUAAUAUUAAUUCCUCUGAUAUCAUUUCAAGGCUAAUGAGGGUCUGAAGCUGUCUUCAGUGGUUAAACUUUGUUCUCCCUGGUAAAGGAGUGGGGCAGGAUACCUUUUCUCUUUCUAAAUCUAUGUCUUGCUUCUGGGUAAAAAGAGGGCAGGUGGACAGCUCUCCUGCAUCUGCUGGUUCUUGUCUUCAGGGCAGAAAUCCUUCAUAUUUGAGAAGGUAUAUUCUGGUCUCCCAUGCAGGAUAGAUGGUUUUGUAUGUUUUGCUGAAUUUAGGUGACACUAUAAGAUGAUAUUCCAGUCUAUUUUAGAAAGUAAAUUUCAUCUAUGGUUGUUUCCUCUGUCCUUCCAUCAAGCUUCUUUCUGAGGCUAAAGGCCUUACUUACCUUUAAUUCCCACUAAAUGUGUAUUGCAUUUAUCUCCCAAUUAAGUUCCACACAUCCAUAAAAUACUAUCUGCUGACAUUACUAGAUCAAAGCAAUCCACUGAGGGCUUUACACAUCUUAACUCAUGCAUUCUCAUUAUCUGUUGUUAGAAACUGGGCCCCACAUCUACCACUUGGCUUAUAAAAACGGCCUUCCAAUCACAAACGCUAUGCAAAGGUAAAAGCACGGGCUUUGGGGCCCAACGAUUCUCUCUCAGCUCUAGGAUCUUUGACAAAUCACUUAUGUUCUUGAGGAUGCCCUGCGUGGCGGUGUUGUCCCGAAGGUCCGGGGGCCGCACAGCACAGCCGGCGAGUGUAGGCCCCACCAGCUAUGUGGAGACAGAGGCUGACCCCUAGUCUACCACCCUGGCGGAAGUGGGAGCACGUCUAUCACGUCCGUUUUUCCGGUCCUCCGCCCGCCAACUUCCGGCUGCAGGUAGGCGCGCGUUCCCUAACGACCUUCCGCGUGGACGGUGGGCCGGUGACGGCGGCGUGUGGAUGGAGGCCUACGCCCUUGGCCCAGCGCGGCGGGGCAGGCGGCGGACCUGGGCCGCCGGCUCCCUGCUCUCUUGGGCCGCCAUCUUCCUCUUUAUCUCCGCCUUCCUGGUGCGGGUGCCCUCAUCAGUUGGACACUUGGUUCGAUUACCAAGAGCUUUUCGCUUGACCAAGGAUUCAGUGAAAAUAGUGGGAUCAACAAGUUUUCCAGUGAAAGUGUAUGUCAUGCUCCAUCAAAAGAGUCCACACGUGUUAUGUGUAACGCAACAACUGAGAAAUGCUGAACUGAUAGACCCAUCAUUCCAAUGGUAUGGGCCUAAAGGAAAAGUUGUUUCAGUAGGAAACCGCACUGCACAAAUAACAUCCACAGGAAGCCUUGUAUUCCAAAAUUUUGAGGAGAGUAUGAGUGGAAUUUAUACAUGUUUCCUCGAAUAUAAACCUACUGUGGAAGAAAUUGUUAAACGUCUUCAACUAAAAUAUGCUAUAUAUGCUUAUCGUGAGCCUCAUUAUUAUUAUCAGUUCACAGCUCGAUAUCAUGCAGCUCCCUGCAAUAGUAUUUAUAAUAUUUCUUUUGAGAAGAAACUUCUUCAGAUUUUAAGCAAACUGCUUCUUGACCUUUCAUGUGAAAUUUCCUUACUUAAGUCUGAAUGCCAUCAUGUUAAAAUGCAAAGAGCUGGUUUGCAAAAUGAAUUGUUCUUUGCAUUUUCAGUUUCAUCUCUAGACACUGAAAAAGGACCCAAGCCAUGUACAGACCAUAAUUGUGAACCUUCCAAAAGACUUUUUAAGGCUAAAAAUCUCAUAGAGAGAUUUUUUAAUCAACAAGUGGAAAUUCUUGGCAGACGUGCAGAACAAUUACCUCAAAUAUACUAUAUUGAAGGUACUCUCCAAAUGGUUUGGAUUAAUCGCUGCUUUCCAGGGUAUGGAAUGAAUAUCCAGCAACAUCCAAAAUGUCCUGAGUGCUGUGUGAUCUGCAGCCCUGGAUCAUAUAAUCCCCGUGAUGGAAUUCAUUGCCUUCAAUGCAAUAGCAGCCUGGUGUAUGGAGCAAAAACAUGCUUAUAAGCCAUUAUCUUCAGUUAUUCAGUGGUUUAUUAAAUGCAAAGUAUAUAUUUGAAAUAUUAACAUAAUAAAUUAUUAUGCCAAAAUUAAUCAUAUUUUAC